GGUAGAUGAUGCAACCGCCUGCUGGCGUUGGGAGUUCGAAAAGAAAAAUUGUUUAGCUGCCUCGAAACUCCAUGCGUGUGGAACGGUGCUCUUGACAAAACCUUCGGUCUCCUUUCAAUUAUGUGCUCGUCUUUAACGUUCGUUCAUAGGCGCAUUGUGUUGCUUAUUCCCAAAAUUUUCAGUUAUGAGAUCUCGUUUGGAUUUCAUGAAUCGGGGGCUUUCUCCAGAGUUGCCAAACUUAAGAUAAUGGGCAGCUUCACCUCCUCCCAUAAAAUUCUGAACGAAGAUACUGCUGACAGUGACUUCCAUUUGCCUAAUGUAAACACAUGGGAUGACCUUCGCCUGCGGUGUCGUGAAGAAGUAGCUUGUCUUCCUCCUAAAAUUGUUCGUCAUUUCCAUAAAGUUGCAGAUUCUUCUAAAGUCUCGGAUGUGAAAUUACGAGUCAUGCAGUGGAAUGUUCUUUCUCAAGCCCUUGCCAUAAGCAGUGACAAAUUUGUUGCUUGUCCAUUGGAUGCAUUGUCGUGGUGGACUAGAAGAUGGCGUCUUCUGGAGGAAAUGGCUUCAGUUCAACCCGACAUUCUCUGUUUCCAAGAGGUUGACCAUUAUCAGUUCUUCAAGCGUACCCUAGGUCCGUUAGGGUUUCGAGGAAUUUUUUUCCCUAAACCAGAUUCACCUUGCUUUUAUAUAACUGGAAACAAUGGACCUGACGGAUGUGCUAUAUUUAUUGACGAGACAAAAUUUGAACUUCUGGAUACGAAAACCAGAUCACUAGAAAUCUGGGGUUAUCAAUCAAACCAGGUUGCAGUGCUGUGCAAAUUAAGGAGAAGGAAGGAUGAUACCACAUUUUGGGUAGCUACUACACAUCUCAAAGCUCGUCAAGGACCUUUCUUAGUUACAAUGCGUCGAGAGCAAGGCAAAGAUUUGCUUGAUUUCAUAAAAGAUUUUAGUGGCAAUAGUCCCGUUAUCAUAACCGGAGAUUUUAAUGCUAAUCCUUCCGAGCCAGUGUAUCAAACUAUGAUGAAUGAUGAUAUUUUACCACUAGAUAGUGCAUAUCGUUAUUUAUCUAAUAGGAAAACAGAACCUUCUUAUACAACAUGGAAGAUUAGAGAAGAUGGUGAAUAUUGUCAGACUCUAGAUUACAUUUUUUUCAGCCGUAACGCUUUUGAAGUGGAAAAUCUUCUUCAACUUCCAAGCACUGAAGAUAUCGGCGAAGGCAGAGUACCAUCAUAUAGUUACCCAUCAGAUCAUUUCUCUUUGGUUGCUGAUUUGAAGUUUAAAAAUCUUGAUUUUUAAGAAGUUGUGUAAAAGCAUAGCUAUUCACCAAAGACAAAUGUUGAUACAAAAACUUACAACGCAUGCGCCCAUGGAACUUUUCAUACUAUCUGAGCUUAUUGUUGACGUAGCUGAUCUUUUAAAUGUUUUUGUAUAUAUAUAUAUAUAUAUCAGCUGCUAAUUUUCAUACUCAUCAUAAUCACGAUUUUAUUAUCAUAUUGUUUUAUUUUAUAUGGAAAUUAAAUUAUUUGUUAUUUUUU